AUGACAGUUCAAGAGAGGGUUGCCAUGUGGGCACUGUCGGCACUCACUCUGGCACUCGGCUACCACAACACAGUUCAUGGCAAAGCUGCACCCCCGUCCCUCUCACUGCACCCCCGUCCCUCUCACUGCACCCCCGUCCCUCUCACUGCAAUUCCCCGGCCCGCUCACUGCACCCCCGGCCCGCACACUGCACCCCGGCCCGCUCACUGUAAUCUUCGGCCUGCCUACUGCACCCCCCGGCCUGCUCACUGCACUCCCCCGGCCCUCUCACUGCACCCCCGGCCCUUCCCCACUGCACCCCCGUGGCCCCCCACUGCACCCCCGGCCCUCUCUACACUGCACCCCGGCCCUCUCACUGCACCCCGGCCCUCUCACUGCACCCCCGGCCCUCUCACUGCACCUGGCCUGCUCACUGCACCCCUCUUCGGCCUGCUCACUGCACCCCCGGCCCGCUCACUGCACCCCCUGCCCGCUCACUGCACCCCUGGCCCGCUCACCGCACCCCGGGCCCGCUCACCGCACCCCCGGCCCGUCACUGCACCCCGGCCCGCUCACCGCACCCAUGGCCUGCCUGCCACCGCACUCCCCGACCCGCUCACCGCGACCGGCCCGCUCACCGCACCUCGUGGCCCGCUCACCGCACCCCGGCCCGCUCACCGCACCCCGGCCCGCUUCACUGCACCCCGGCCCGCUCACCGCACCCCCGGCCCGCUCACUUCACCUGGUAGUCACUACACCUGGUAG